AUGGCUCAAAUCCACCACGGGCUGACACGUACAUUGCUGAGUACUCUCCUACUACUGCAGCCUGUUCUCGCAGUGCCAGGACAAGGAACACUAGUACCACGGGCAUCUCAGUCUUCAGUAUCUACAUCCUCAACCACGCCGUCGAUUUCAUCUCUAGCUGCAACCUGCAAUGGCCACUCAGAAUACUGCACCCGAGCCUAUUCAAAUCUCACAUUCAUAGGUGCCCAUGAUUCCCCCUUUGUCGGACCAUUACCCCAGCAGAAUCAAAACAUCGAUAUAAAAGCCCAACUCGACAUGGGAAUUCGGUACCUGCAAGCACAAUCACACCGUUCCAUCAUUGAUGAAAACGUUAUAGAGCUGUGCCAUACAUCAUGCCUGCUCGAGGAUGGAGGACCUCUCAAAUCAUUCUUGACAACUAUUAAAGACUGGCUGGAUGCGAAUCCGAACGAAGUCGUCACUCUCCUAUUGACAAACGGAGAUUCGUUGUCGGCCAACGAGUUUGGAGACACUUUCUCCAGCAGCGGGAUCGCUGAAUAUGCCUACGUCCCCCCCCACUAUGGCGCGGACACCAAAAAAGUGAACUACAUCCAAGACGAGUUUGCCUACUACUUCGAGACAGCCUACGAUGUGACAGACCCCGCUUUCUCGAAUUGCAGUAUUGACCGGCCCUCUGGUGCUGCCGCUACAGGUCGAAUGGGCAUUAUCAACCACUUCCUUGAUGUCGAUAUUCUUGGCAUAAAGAUUCCAGCUCGACACUUGGCAGACACUACUAAUGCUGCGACUGGGCCAGGUAGUAUUGGAGAGCAGGCGACGUUAUGUACUGGGUUGUAUGGGCGUGCGCCAAAUGUGAUACUGGCGGACUUUGUGGAUAAGGGGGAUGUUAUCACGGCGCAGAAGAAUCUAAAUGGGUUGUAG